AUGUGCUCUGCCCUGACCCUUGGGGUUUCUGGCCUGUACUUUUACCGAAGGCACCGGGACAUGAUAACAUAUGCAGACACGGACGCCUUCUACCAAGCGUGUGCGGGGGCCCUUGGAGAGCAGGGAACUGAUCCUCGACGGGAGAAAGAAGACCUGGUGACGUCUGCGGCCCUGAUCACGGCUGGCGAGCUGACCAAAGCAAAUGUGAUACUGGAGAGGAUCGUUCAGAGGGACCCGGACAAUUGCGAGAGCCUGCAUAUGCAGGCUGUGGUUGCAUUCCGCCAUGGAGAAAUGGACAUGGCCAAAAUAGCUGUCGACCGAGCAAUCAAGGUUGAGCCAGAGGCGCACUUUUAUAACACUCGGGGAUUGAUCCAGCUACGGCUGCGGAACAAGGAGGCAGCAACGGCAGAUUUUGAAGAGGCAAUCAGAAUCAAGCCGGAGCUCGUGCCGGCGCUCGUAAACUUGGGACACGUCAAGCUGGUCGAAGGCCGCCUGCCUGAGGCGGUAACGUACCUAGAGAAGGCUCUGACAAGGGAACCCAAUUAUUUCAAGGCCCUCUACAAUUUGGGUCUUGCGCACUUAGCGAUGAAGAAGACGGAUAUCGCGUGUAUCGAGCUAGAGGACGCUCAGGAGCUCUGUCCGAAAGAGCAUCUUUCGGACACAUCGUACCAGGCGGGGAUCGCGUAUUUGCGGCUAGGUCGGAUUGAGGAGGCGCGCAAAUCUCUCGAGCGCGCCGCGGGCCCGGGGCACCACAUUCGGGGCAGCUACCGUCACCCCUACUCAGUCUGCAAGCUGGCCCACCUGUUUCUUUGGGAGGGCAAGGUGAAAGCGGCCGGAGAGAAAUACCUGGCGGCUUUGGAGAUUGAACCAGAGUGCGCGGAGGCGACGUGCGGGCUGGGAGUCGUGGAGUGGGCUCAGGGGCGGUUCUUAGAAGCGGAGGAACUGUUUGCGCUGGCGCUGGAGAGUGAUUUGGGGCUGGCGCCCGCGGUGCAUUGGAUGGUGCAGUCGCUGCUGGACCAAGAGCGGGACACGGAGGCGUUCGAGGUCUAUGCGGACGCGGUCAAGUGGUUCAAGCGCCAGGAGGACGCCGCGGUGCAGCAAAAGGCCCAGCCGGACCUGCUCACCGUCGCCCGCAGCGCCGUCUCUAUGUCCGUCCGCUCCAAACCGGACGUCCUCCGCGCACCCGUCAAGAACGGACUGAGCGGACUCUACGCGGCCGGAAUGGUCCUCAGCGAGAUCGGCGCCCUCCAAGAGAACAAGGAAGUGGGUCUGAUCGGGUUCGGGUUAAGCCUUGACCAGUGGAAGGGUUACUGGUGCGAGCAGGGGGAGAAAGAGGAGUCCCUGGACGACGGAGAGCCGCUGCAGGGUGACGUCAUGGCCGAGGCGUUGGGCAUGCUCCCAGCGGGUGAGUCGGUGCCCGACGGUGCGCUUUUUCCGGGCAGCAGUGGUGCGGGUUCGGUGCCCGGUUCAGAGCCCCGGUCGGCAGCGUCGUCAGGGGCGGGCGCGGACCGGAGGCCCGGGGCUGGAUCAACCGGGAGCACGGAGGUCGGGAAGCCGGCGCAAGCGCCACGGCGAGCUGGCUUCGGUUCCGGCGCCGACGAGCGCGCCAAGCGGCGCUCGAGCGAAGCGGAAGACGGGCCGCCAUUGGUCGCCGAGGCCGAGCCAGACGAGCAGCUCCUCCCGGGGUCCGUCCGGUCCGAAGAGGGCGACCAGAUCGGGGCGCCGUCCCCGAAGAACAAGAAGUGGACGAAACGCCGACCUUUGGAGAAUGUUCCUAGUCGCAGGGCGCCGAAACCGGUUUCCCUGGAGUUGGCGGAGAAAGAUGAGAUGGUGGCGGAAAACGCGGGCGGGACGUUGUCCCAAAUCAGGCCACCUGUCUCGGAGGCCGACUGGCGGUGGCCGGAGGAAGGGCCCACCGGGGCGCAGCGCGUGCCGCGCCACUACAGGCGGGCCGUUCUGAUCAGCUCCCGUGUGAAGAACGCGGCGCUGCUCGCGGCGGCCACCCUGGACGACGUAGACGCGAUCGAGUUUGAUUGGGCCACGUGGACCCUGGAUGACAUCACCACCGCCAUGAACCGGCGGCUGGAGGGCAGCAGCAUCGAGGGCGUCGCCCUUGUCUCCCACAACACCAAAAAGGGCGCUAUUGGUCUCGUUCGAGGAGGGCACACAUCGCUCGCCAGCCUCAUCAAGCCGGACGUGCAACAAUUCUGGGUGCGCGUCUCCGCGUGCCUGGACGGCAACCGGCACAAUUUCUUGAGCUUCGACGCGGGCGCCGCGCUCAACUCGCUGGCCAGCCCCAAGCAGGGCCGCAUCGACCUGCUCGGCUGCGGACUGGCGGACGCCAAGGGCGAGGAGCUGCUGGACGAGCUGCGGACGCUGACGUUCGCUGACGUCAGCACUUCCCUCGACGACCUAAUCGAGAACCCCCCGGAGGUGCCCGAGCGGUGCAUCCUCGCUGAGGACGAGCCGGCCCUUGGCUACUUCCAUCCAACCCUGCUUGUCGAGUGGCUCGCCAGCCCGGAGACGUCCGACUCCAUGCUGGACAGGCUCAACUCUAAGCGGCGGUCGUUCGAGGGACCCGACAUGGUUCGCCGGCGCUCUUCGAUGGAGUCCAUCUCCGAGUCCAACCCGCAAACCGCACGGCUGGUCGGCUCCAAGCCCAGCUCUCCGCGGCUGCCCGACGGCCAGAGCCACGAACCAGACCACCACCACGGACACCACCCAGAAAACGGACACCACCCCGGGAACGGACACCACCACGUGCGUCCGGACACGUCACCCCCGGAAGUGUACGACUUCGAGAUACCCGGGCCGUCGGCGCCGCUGCGCAAGGCGCACAGCGACAAGAAGCGGGACGCGCGCGCGAGCCCGGUGCCCGUGAGGACGGCGUUCCCUGAGGCGCCCGGCGAAGCCUCCGGACGCGGAACGGACGAAGGCGGGCAGAUGGGCAGCGGACUAAGUCCGCAAAAGUUGAGCGGUGAGAAUGGUAAUCCGGGUAUAGAGCCCGGAGGCGGUACGAGUAAGUUGGAUCCGGGCGUAGGAAAGGGUCUCCCGGAGAUAAUUUCAGCUCGGGAGGGGGCGACCUUGAAGGGAUCCCCGAAAUUGUCUCCGUCAGUUGAAGCGGAGACGGAAAAUCCGUCGCUGUUGUUCCGGCCACGAAAAGUGCCGACAAGCAAAAAGUAG